GUUGCACUGAGGUGCGCGCGCUGCACCGGCCAGCGGCUCUGGGACGAACCAUUUGACCACCGGUACGCGGGGGUGGUCGCGGUCUAGAGGGCUACAGGAAACGCAGAGGGGUGUGUGUGUGUCUAUGCCGGAACCAGUGAUGGCCGACAAAGUGCCGCCACAGCAAGGAGACCCGCUGCUGAACAAGUUCCACCAAGGGAGCCUCCCCAACGGGAAAGCCAUCAAAGAUGACGGCCUGCACGCCAGGGGCCAGUGGGCCAGCAAGGCUGAGUUCCUACUGGCUGUGGCGGGGCAGAUCAUUGGCCUGGGGAACGUCUGGAGGUUCCCUUACCUUUGCUACAAGAACGGAGGAGGUGUGUUCUUUGUACCUUACCUGUUGUUCCUGGUGCUGUGCGGCAUCCCCCUGUUCCUCCUGGAGACCUCACUGGGACAGUACACCAGCCUUGGAGGGGUCAGCGCCUGGAGAACCAUCUGCCCGUUAUUUGGAGGUCUCGGCUAUGCCAGCCAGGUGAUGAUCCUGCACGGCUGUGUGUACUACAUCGUCAUCCUGGCCUGGGCUCUCUUCUACCUGUCGCACAGCUUCCAGGCGGAGCUUCCCUGGUCGCACUGUAACAACACGUGGAACACCGAGACAUGUGUCCUGUUUGAGCACCACAACCAGACAGCCAGUGGGAGCAGCCGGCCUGAGAAUGCCACCUCCCCUGUCAUGGAGUUCUGGGAGCGGGAGGUGCUUCGCGUUACCAGCAGUUUAGACGAGCUGGGUCCAAUCAGCUGGAAGCUGGCUUUGUGUCUUGGCAUCAUCUGGCUCAUCUGCUACUUCUGUGUCUGGAAGGGAGUCAAGUCCACCGGAAAGGUGGUGUACCUGACAGCCAUCUUCCCAUAUGUCAUGCUGUUUGUGCUGCUGGUGCGCGGUGCCACCCUGCCUGGAGCGACCCAGGGCAUCAUCUACUACCUCAAACCAAACCACACCCGCCUGGCAGACCCACAGGUAUGGAUGGAUGCAGGUACACAGAUAUUUUUCUCAUAUGGGAUCUGUCUGGGAAGUCUCACAGCCCUCGGCAGUUACAACAAAUACAACAAUAACUGCUAUAAGGACUCCUUCCUCCUGUGCCUCCUGAACAGCGGCACCAGUUUCCUGGCAGGUUUUGCCAUCUUCUCUGUGCUGGGCUUCAUGGCCGAGGAGCAGGGCGUGGACAUAGCCACCGUGGCCCAGUCAGGGCCUGGCCUUGCCUUCAUUGCUUACCCGAGAGCUGUAGCCAUGAUGCCUGUCCCCCAGCUGUGGGCUGUCUGCUUCUUCCUCAUGAUCAUCAUGCUGGGGCUGGACACACAGUUCGUGAGUCUGGAGGCCCUGAUGACGUCGAUCACUGACCUGUACCCUCAUCUGAUCAGACGAGGCCACCGCCGAGAGCUGCUGCUGCUGCUGGUCUGCAUCGUCUGCUUCCUGGUAGGACUGGUCAUGGUCACGCCGGGUGGUCUGUAUGUGUUCCAGAUCUAUGACCAUUUCUCCUGCAGUGGAGCCAGCCUGCUGCUUCUCUCCAUCUUCCAGUCUCUGGCCAUCGGUUGGAUUUACGGAGCCGAGCGCUUCAGUGCCAAUAUCAGGGAUAUGACCGGCCACAAACCCCUGCCUGCCUUCAAGCUGUGCUGGAAAUACUUGACCCCAGCUGUGUGCACUGCUACCUUUUUGUUCUCCCUGGUGAACUGGUCUCCGCUGAGCCUGGGAAAAGGCCUGGUAGCGCCGGCCUGGGCCACCAUGCUGGGCUGGAUCCUUACUCUUUCCUCCGUCUCCCUGCUUCCCAUCUGGGCCAUCUAUGCUGUGGCCACCACCCCCGGAACCCUGUCACAGCGCUUCCAAUAUCUGUGCAGCCCUGCCAAAAACUCAUCAAAGGGCAUCCACCACUUCCCCACCAACAGCCCAGCGCUCCCCUACAGCUUACCUCUGCCCCUAACUGAGAAGCCAAAGGAGCAAAUCGCAGAUAACGUCCAGGAUCAGUUGACAUGAUCCUGGUCAGUGGCGGACGCAACAUUGGAUGCUGGUCAGCCAAUCAGCUGUGGCGUCGGGGAGGGUCGAGGUUUAUGCUGCUGAGUCCCGAUUGAGGGCCUGGAUCUUCUUUAGUCCACGUUUCUAGACUAAAUGUGACAUAACUGACUGCAGAGGCCUGUUUCAGCUCAAAAGAUCCUUCAAAGAUCCAUUGUUGAAUGGAACAUUCAGGUGAUCCUCAUCAAAUGGGACACAGCUAACUUUACCUUUCAGGCCUGCCCCACCUCCUGUUACUGGCUGCCAGAGUUAGUUCUCCUCAAACAGUACGCACUCCACAAUCUUGACAACUUUAUCUGCUUAAAAUCCAAAAACUUCUCUGUUAUUUACAAGUUAAAUCACUGUAAUUGUGGACCAUAACAGCCGUUAUAGACAUCCAGAUAAAUAACAAUGCUACUGUUCAUUUUUUAGACUGCAUUACAGAGUAACUUGCCACUUAACUCUCUGUGAGAGAUCAAUGCUGGUGUUAGUACGUUUGCUCAGCUUUGACUCUCCACUGAAUAUUUCCGGUGUCAUCUGAAGUGACUCUGUGAGUCAGAUGUGUUUUAUACAGUGAUUUGUAUGUGUGUGAUUGCCAUAUCAUGGAGUUCAAAUGGUUCAUAACAUGCCUUACAGUCAGACCCAAGUGCUAAUGCAGGAGUUGCGUUAGCCAAAUGCAGCUUUUUCCUGCCAGUAUAUGGUUAUAUGGUUACACUUUGAAAUGUGCAGCAACUGUUUUCAUGCAUUAUACAUUUAUUUUUAAAAAGUGGGCAGGAGGGUUGUUUGUACUUUUUGUUUAGUUGCUGUUAGUUGCUGUCUCAAAUGCACUCGUUUAAAGUUUAGUUGUUAGCACGUCUUUGCACUGUACCAAAAAUCACUUAUGAAGCUAUAUUCUAUUCUGAAAAUGUUAAAUUUAAAAAUGUCAAAGUAGAUUUUUAUAUCAGAAAAUAUCUGCAAAUAACAUGCCACUCCAAGGUGAUUCUCUUUGUACGGGACAUUACAGCGCUUUUAACUGUAAUGUCAGUGGUAACUUGCAGUCAGUCUGACCUCGAUGCACUACGCAGUGUAGGGAUGUUUAUGUUUUUCGGAAAAAAUGAAGUAUGUGAAUGUGAUAGAGGACCCCUUUACCGUCUCAUGUCAUAAAGGUGUCCUCUAUCAAAAUGAAGAGUGCAAUGUUUGAUCAAAAUAAAA